CGUCAUGGUCAAGACUUGAUGAGCUCGAUCCAUUGACGUUCACGGACUUCCAAUGGAUGCCCGUUCCCUCGACCGGACGAUUGCCGAAACCGCAUUGCAACGUGCUUAUGGCACAAUUGCGGAACUACUUGCACACUGCAGUACCAGCUCCGUUGAUGGACGCCGGAGCAGAAGUUGUGGACCUUCACGCUUUCAUCGCGAAGAUCGACCGCAAGUUCAAGACGCAACGGUACGACGACAUCGACGCACCAUUGCUCUACAUACGCAUUCAGAUCGGAGAGGCGACCUGUAGUGCCUUGAUCAAUUGCGGAGCGUCUCGCAACUACAUCAGCCAGGACUUCAUGGUACGCGCCGGCCUUGGCCCACGUGUCCGGAGGAGGUCCCAGCCUACGCAAGUCACUCUGGCAGACGGUCAUACGCACAAGUCCAUCGACCGGUGCAUUGACGCCGUCCCAGUGUACUUUGUCCCCCACGCAAGUGAGGUGGUGUCCUUUGACAUUCUGGACACCAAAUUCGACAUGAUCUUGGGCAUGUCAUGGCUGCGAAGCAAGAAUCACCCGGUGAACUUCUUCAACUGCACCGUUCACGUUCGUGACCGGAACGGAGUAUUAGUUCGAUGCACGGUGCCUCUUCCUCAUCCUUCGAUCAGCUGCCACGUGGUAUUCGUCGCAAGCAUGCGAGCUUCCAUCAUCAGAGACGACAUCGAGGAGAUGGGGGGGUGUUUUCUCCACGCCCUCCCACCACAUAACGCUUCAUCGACGGACUCACCUUCGGAUCCACGCGUCACCGGACUUCUCGACGCCUACAACGACGUGUUCGAAGGCCCGCACGGAGUAGUACCGGAUCGACCCAUCCGCCACGAGAUCAUCCUCGAGGACGGGGCCGUACCUCCGCGCGGUUGCAUCUACCGAAUGAGCGAGGAAGAGUUAAGUGUGCUUCGGGCACAACUCGAUGACCUUCUAGAGAAAGGCUGCAUUCGGCCUAGCUCAUCGCCAUACGUUGCUCCUGUUCUCUUCGUCCAGAAGAAGAACAAGGACCUGCGGUUGUGCAUCGAUUAUCGCAAGCUAAACGCGCAGACGAUCAGGAAUGUCGGCCCUCUCCCACGCAUCGACGACCUUCUCGAGCGAUUGGGCGGCGCCCAGUUCUUCUCUAAGUUGGAUCUCAAGUCAGGGUACCACCAACUCGAGAUUCGCAAGGAGGAUCGCUACAAGACCGCGUUCAAGACUCGGUAUGGGCAUUUCGAAUGGCUGGUCAUGCCAUUUGGCCUUACGAAUGCCCCAACCACCUUCCAAGCGGCUAUGACGACGGAGUUCCGACACAUGCUGGAUCUGCCUCCCAUCAACUUGCUUGAUGAUGCAAGGAAGAAGGAGCUGCUCGCAUUCGGGAUGACUCUCAAACGCUGGCGGCACUUCCUCCUUGGGCGUCGUAGGUUCACAUGGAUCACAGACAACAAUCCAUUGACCUACUACAAGACGCAGGACACGGUGAGCAGCGCGAUCGAACGAUGGAUGUACUUCAUCGACCAAUUUGACUUCACACCAAAACAUGUCCCAGGCCUCUCCAAUCGCGCAGCGGAUGCACUCUCGCGAAGACCUGAUCUUUGCGCUAUGACACAUCAUGCCUUCGCAUUCGACGAGGAACUUCAGCGAUACUUCAUCCGGGCAUAUAAGUCUGAUCCGGACUUCGGCACGCUCUAUGCACAACUAUCUUCGGAUCACCCGCCGGCCAGCCAUUACCGCAUUGCCGACGGGUACUUGCUCCUUCACUUGAGAGGCAAGGACUUACUAUGUGUCCCACGCGGCCGUCGUCUUCGGACUCGCCUCCUCGGCGAGUACCAUGAUUCACGACUUGCCGUCCAUUUCGGAGUGAACCGCACUAUUGCACGGCUUCGACAGCGAUUCCGAUGGCCCGACCUCAUUACCGAUGUCACUCGGUAUUGCGACUAUUGCGAAGUUUGCCGAUGCAGCAAGCCCCGCAACCGCAAUCCCUAUGGCGAGUUAUCCCCGAUGCCUAUCCCACGGGAACCCGGUCUCUCCAUUGCUAUGGACGUCACUGGUCCGUUUCCUCGCGACCGGCUCGGGCACGACGGCAUCCUCACGGUUGUGGACCGAUUGAGUAAGUACGCGCGUUUUCUCCCUUGCAAGUACUACUCCAUGGCUCCUGAGCUAGCACGCCUCCUGCACACUGGUUGGAUUUGUGGCCACGGUGUACCAGAAAACAUUGUCAGCGACCGCGACACUCGUUUCAUGUCGGCAUUUUGGACUGCUCUCAUGCAGGAGUCCGGCACAACAAUGAAACCAAGUUCGGCUCGACACCCUCAGACAGACGGGCACACGGAGCGGGCACAUCAGACCGCUCAAAUGAUGCUUCGUACGCUCAUCCGUCCGGACCAGAAAGAUUGGGUUGACCGCCUCCCCGACAUCGAGUUCGCCUACAACACUUCGGUGCAUCCGGCGAUCGGCGUGACUCCUUUCGAGUUGCACCACGGUGGACGGAAAGGCCGGAUCUUCGCCGACCUUCUCCUCCCUCGACCAGCCGACAUUGACGCUGCCUGCUCUCCCUCUUCCGUCCGUAAGUACAAGGAAUUGCUGACUCAAGCCCUCGCAAAUAUGCAAAAGGCUCAAGUCCGCAUGUAGCAGCAAGCCAACAGGCAUCGCGUACCAUGUCCCAUCCGCGCCGGUGAUCUGGUUUGGGUCUCCGCGAAAGAGUUUGCACUGGAACAGGAUGUUUCACGCAAACUGCUUUCCAAGUGGUUUGGACCUUGGUCUGUGACAGCAGCCGCGGGCGAUGAGCCCGAUGGCCCUUCAUUUGUGAUCAACAUUCCAGAGCAUCUGACGGUCCAUCCGGUCUUCCACGCCUUGGCAACUUACACGC